UUUUGUCAGCCCUCGGGCUCGCCGUGCACGGUAUGAUAGCGAAGGUCGCUUCUAAAUCCGCGUCCUGUGUGCACAUGCACAUGUACUCGUCGGUGUGGGCAGCGCCUCAUCGGGAGGCGGUGUGAAAGAACUUUCUCGACUUUCGGCGGAUCCUCGCCAAGAGUGGGAAAGCCUCUCAGUCGCUAGGCCGGGCGGGGUAUAAAGAGAACGACGCAUCUCGCAAAGCUCACCGUUAACUCUAUUUCCUCCCCAUUAUCAUUACCUACAACAACAGAUUAUUUCAAUAUGGUUGCCCGCACUGCUCUCGUUGCUUUGGCUGCUCUCACGGUUGGUGCGCAGGCGCAUCAAGUCUUCAACCACCCUUCAGUCUGGGGCCUCAAGACGUCACUCGAGAACCCUCUGAACCAAGGCACCAAGAAUUGGUUCUGCGCCGGCCAAAAGCCUCACACCGGAAAGGGCAAGCUCCAGAUUCGCGCUGGUCAGACUCUCUCUGUUCCAGUCACCUGUGGUGAGGCCGUCGGCAACCCCGACAACGCCGUCCAGAUCUGCUCCAACGACAUCAACGGUUUUCACGGUGGAGGUGGAUGCGCUCUGUCUAUCACCUCCAAGCAAAACCCCACCAUUGACGACUUCACCGUCUUCUCCGUCGCCGCCAAGUGCCCCGACCUUGGACGCAAAGUCCCCUUCCAGAUCCCCGCCAACCUGCCCGCCGGUGAAUACGUCUGCUCAUGGUCGUGGAUCCCCAACCCCCAGAACGCCGCCGCUGAGUACUACGAGAACUGCUUCGACUGCUCGGUCGUCUCCGACGUGAAGGGUACCGUCACCGGUGGAAUCAAGCUCCGCGACCACGUCUUUGGCGUCCCCGGUUUCCCCUCCGACAACCAGGAAGGCCGUCUUUACAAGAAUGCCUUCAAGAACGGUGCUCAAAAGAUCGAGGUCUCUGGCGGUGGUGCCCCCGUACCCCCUGUCACCACACAGACGGGUCACUCCACACGGAAGCCCCGCUCCUCCUCCACCAAGGCCCACUCCUCCACCAAGGAACAUUCCUCCACUAAGCCCACCCACACCGCUGAGCCCACUCAGGAGCCCACGGAAAACCCCGAGCCUACUGCCGAGCCCACCGUCGAGCCUACAGCUGAACCCACCGCUGAGCCUACCGCUGAGCCUACCGCUGAGCCAACAGCCGAACCCACCACUCCUCCCAAGAAGUGCCACAAGAACAAGGACCGCGCAUGAACAACCCUGAUCAACAUUCGCUCGUGAGACCGCUCCCGGGACCUCUCGUGAUACCGUACGGGUCUGGGGCUGCUCCUACACCCUCUGUGACCAACAUCAUCAUACCAGUACAUUAGAUUUUGUUACCCCCUAGUUUAGAAUCGUAGAUACUCUUUUUCCUUUUCUUAAUCAAU